GAACAGCAGUGGGAUAGCUGCUACAAUUCAUACCAAUAACCGGCAUGGCGGGGAUUAUUAAGAAGCAAAUCUUGAAACAUCUGUCCAGGUUCACCAAAAACCUGUCCCCAGAACAAAUUAAUUUAAGCACACUGCGUGGUGAAGGACAGUUAACAGAGUUUGAACUUGAUGAAGAGGCUAUUCAGAACAUGCUGGAUUUACCCACAUGGCUUGCCAUUACACGAGUAUACUGUAACCGAGCUGCCAUCCGGAUACAAUGGACCAAGUUGAAAACCCACCCUAUCUGUCUGACACUUGACAAGGUGGAGGUUGAAAUGAAGACUUGUGAAGAGCCUCGGCCGCCCAAUGGACCUUCACCUAUAGCGUUAGCUGCCGGUCAAAGUGAAUAUGGUUUUGCAGAGAAGGUUGUGGAAGGCAUGUUCAUUGAUGUUGGCUGUGUCAGUAUAAAAAUUAAAUCCCGAACAUUUCGAGCAUCACUUCAGCUCUGGCAGUUUCAAGGAUACAGUGUAAGCCCAAAUUGGCAGCAAAGUGAUCUGCGCUUUACACGUCUUACGCAUCCUCAGUGGGGACAGGUUCUUACUUUUAAACAGAUCACCUGGCAGACUCUUCGUAUUGAAGCUGAUGCAUCAGAGAGCUGUGAGGAUGCCCCCAGCACUCCUCUUCGUUUGCUUACAAAUUCAGGACGUAUAAAUAUUGCACUUAAGAGAAGGAUCAAGGACUGUCUAGUGCUCUCCUCUGAGUUGUCCUUCUUCUUAGAUGACCUCCUUUGGGUCCUAACAGACUCUCAACUUCGGGCUUUACUGUCUUACGCAAAGUCCUUGACUGAAGCUAUCCAAAAAUCUGUGCGGCAGAAAAAAAAGACAGGGGGACAGGUCCCAUCUUCACCCACAAUUCCCAAUAUUUGGUCUCAUAGCACCCCUCCUCCUUCAACGUCUUCUGGUUUAUGUCAGUAUUUUGAGAGAUUUGAUGUGAAGGAGACAUCAUAUCAUCUAUUGAUCUCCAGACUCGACCUACAUGUAUGUGAUGAGAGCCAGGCUCAAGGGACAGUCUCAGGUGGUGCUAUCCAGAUGACCCUACACCGAAUCACACUAGACUACUAUCCUUCCCACAGAGCAGGGCAAAGCUGUGCUCACUGGCUUCACACCUCCUCUGCAAUGGGAACAUGUGAGCAAUGGUUAAAGGAUUUAGCGGAAGAAAGGAAAGAGGGUGAGGAACCGGAACUCAGUAAAAUGGGAAAGGCAUCUGACUUAAAACAAAGGCAAAAUGGCAAGAAUCCUUCCUCCCCUUCAUUAUAUUUCCGCUCAGUGCUGAUCCGCGUAGACAACUUGGACAUACAUCAAGUAUCCUCAUCUGGUCACACACCACAGAAGCCUCCUCUUGUUUCUUGUGCGCGUAUUCCCAGUUCUUGUUCUGCUGUCCAUCUACAAUAUACCGAGUAUUAUUGCUUACCAGGAGAGAGCCUUCCAGUACCUUCUCCUGCUCUAUACAUCCAAAUCCAUGGUUUACUGCUCUCUCUUGCGGCACCUACCAUCUUAUGGUUGAAUCUCUUUAUGCUGGAUCUCUCUCACCACCUGCAGCAGUUUGCUGCUGUAAGUUCCACAGUCGGUGAGGGAAUCACUGAGAACAGAAAUAUUCGCCUAGACGGAUUCAACCUCAAGCUCAGUUUACCUGUAGAACCUCCUACAUGUAGCCCACCAGAACGCCCCUCUUCUGUCUGUGCCCAAAUCUCUAGGGUUACCCUGACAAAUACACGACAAGCCCCAGGUUCCUCGCUUGACCUCCUGCAACGUACCUUCCGGUUAUUUGCUGCUCAGCCACUACUUCAUUGGCCACCAGGACCCUUGCAUCCUGUGUUUGUUUCCCAUGCAUAUCCAUCUUCUUCUCCCCCUUGCACAUCUCUGUGGAGCUUGCACAGUUCUGGUUUAUCUGUAAGUUUUGGGGGAUUGGGUCUCAAGCACCAGAAACUUCUUCAUCCAAUUUCUUUUACUGCUUGGGCUUGCCUUCUCCACCCUGAGCAUCAUCUGCAGGUGCUGUUGAAUAUAGAAGAUUUGAUAAGGGUGCAGCUCAAUCACUAUCAAUACCUCACCUUGCUCCGUGGCCAAGAGCAACUGCAAAGUCUACUAGAGAACCUGCAGAAAUUUGAGCUUUUGUCUUCAGAAAUUGCACUGACAACUCCUUCUGCAUUUCCUACUUUAGUGUGUGUAGGUCUGCUGAUUUCAACUGUGAAUUUGUCUCUCAUAUUCCCUGUAACUGCUUGCUUGGAAACCCCACCGCAACUGGGAGACUCUGAAAAGAGCAGCCUAAUUGGGUUAGAUUUGGCUGAAGGACCUGAAAAUGGUGGGGAAAUGUCGAGAGCAAGUCCCACCAAAGAUGGAAAAGUUCCCAUCACCGUUCAUGCCAAGGAGGCACAACAAAAAUCCCUGGAUGGUACUCUGCAUCAAAAUCAACCUGCUCAAGAGGUUCCACAAAAGAUGCUUCAUUUAAUGGAGUUGGCAAAAGAUGCACUGGGAAAAACAGAGGUGGUUAGAGAUACUGUACAGAGGACAGAGCUGGCGGUAGAUGGACUGCAAGGGAAAGAGUUUACAUAUGAUACUUUGCUAAGCACACUUGGUCUGACACAAGAGAGACUCAGUUUGGGGAAAGAGAGAAUGCAGCGCUUCUUGAGAGAUACAAGGCAAAAAGAUAAUGAUGCUUCCCACUGUCGAUCCAAUGCAGCAAUCUCUCGAACACAGUCUCAACAAUCUCUUGAAACUGCCUCCUUAGAGGGCCUUGAUGUUUUGUCUCUCGACAGUGAAACUAGUGAUGGCUUCACUAUUCUACUUGAAUCUGAAAAUGGUUUGCAUCCUGGGGAAGCUGAUAGAAGUGGAGAAAGUGCAGAUGAUAUAUCACAAAGUACUGAGGGACCUGAACCACAGCAGAUUUUGUUGUUAACACUUCGCAGUGUCAGUUGUGUGUCACAUCUGCAAGGGAAGGAUAUCUCGAUUAGUGUUGAAGCAUUGGAUGCCUCCUGUGGACCAACUACAGAGAGUGAUGAAGGUUUAGUGACAACUACCCCUCCAUCUUCACCAUCUCCAUGUGUUACGAUGAAGUUUGAUUUAGGACCUGCUGCAGCACAUCUCUCGCCUCUUGCUCUUCACAAUGGCUUCUUGCAAGUAAACAUCCAAAGAUUUUGUUCAGAACUGCCAGUAUCUUCCCUAACACACAUUGGACCAUUUCUGGAGGAUGAACAGAUUUCUGAAAUAUUACCUAUGAUCAUCCAGAUUACCAACAGUAGUAUUACACUCAAGGAUGAUGGGCCACGAAUCUACUUUUCCCCAUUGCUACCUCCACCAGUCACCCUCACCAUUCAGAAAAUCCAGGUACAACGGAAAGAGGAUGGGACCUUCUACAUUACAGGAGAUGACCUAUCACAGCAUAAAGAAGAAUCAUGCAUGAAAUGUCAAAGCAAAGAGGAACUUCAGAAAGAAUUACUCAUGAUGCAAACCAAGUUGGAUCAACAGAAAGAAAGAGAGAGUCGUCUGCUUCAAGAAGUCAGGAAAUACAACCCCUCCUUUCAUCUUUGACAUUUACGGAGUAUGCCCGUAAAACUUCUUAGGCAUUAAUAUAACUUCUUGGUCUCCCAUAAAGUUUCCAUAGUUUUCCACACACAUGUGAAUACUUCACAACAGGAUUGUGAAUGUGAAGAUACAAAAUCUAUAAAUCAGUCAUAUGCUUAUUAAAGCAGCAUUCUAUUAUUGGUGUGUAGCUAAAUAUUAGAAAGGUGCAGAAUUCAUUUUGGCCAAUACACUGUAUGUGUUUGUUUACACUACCGACAAUAUAGAUAUUCACAUUUUUGCAAUAUUCAGUGUCGCUGAACUUGCCUGCCCUCCUCCUAUCCAAACUGUAUGCACAUGGUUAAUCUGACAAAUCCUUGGCACCACUAUAAAUUAAAAGAUCAUGUUUUAAAUGUCGUCAGAGAACUGAUAGAGGGGACUCAGGGCUAUCAUGGCAAAACCAGAAAGCACAAGGAGUUGUUUAAACAAUCAGCUCCUUUCCAGCAGUGCUAUAAACAACAUUUUAACAAUCCAUAAUUCUGCACGGAAAGGGGUUCGAGAGCAAGACACCAUAAAGCAUUUGUCUCAGAGAGGGCAAUGUGCUGUACCUACCUCCCUACAAAAAAAAAGAGAUACUGUAAGUGAUAAUAAAUAGCAAGUGAUUAAUAUAGUUAAUUGACAAUGGUACUGUUGAAUCUACUUUUAGUAAUCCUUGGUACUUAAAACUUUUGCAAAUCAGUAGACAUUUUCAGCAUACUUGAAUUUUUAUAUAUGUAUAAAUACAAUAGAAAAAUAUGAACAUUCAACUCUUAGAAUAUCUUUGAAAGCAACCACAUUCAAUUCACCAGGUUUUCUAGUAUGUACAGCUAUGCUAAUUCCCUAGCUUGUUGCAUCCAUUUGAAUGAGAAAAAAAAAAGAAAAUCACCCAUGCAGGUCUAGGGAAUAAAAAACUUAGGAACAUCCAAUAUAACAGGGCUAGGUAAGAAAUCUGAAAUCAAGUCAGGUUGCAACGGGAACUCAAGACACUAUCAUCAGAUGAGGUAACAAAGACAUUGAGAACUGACUUAGCUAUGCCUAAAGGCCAUCUGUCAAGUGGUAGUUUACUGAAAUGCCCAAAAGGAAUUUUAUUUUUUUUGCAGCUAUUAUUUUAAAUGCUUAUCCUCUAUAUUAGUGUUUUACAAAGUGGAACUAAUCCCAGUGUCGCAAUUUCUUAGAACUAAUAUAACUAAAUAGAUGCUUAUCUGGUUUAACACCGUUUAGUAUUUUAGAAAGGUGAACUAAUCCCAAAUAAACAAUACCUCUUAUUUUUGAGUUUUAAAAAAUGUACACUAAUACAGUGUUACCUGCCUUAAUUUAAAUAUCCAGUUUUUACACAUUCUGGGUGUUUAUGGCAAUGGAGAUUAACAAAAAAUGCAUUUUUUGAGAUCUGAAAGCUGAAAAUAAACAACUUAUGUCGGUACCUAACAUAAAGUACUAAAACUAUCUUCUCAAAAGUCUUCACGGGAAAGGGGUUAAAGGUAAACUACAGGGAAUGGUGACUACAAUAUCACUAAUGAUCCUAACAACCAUCAAUGCUUAUUUUUAUAUUGGUCUGAUGUGAUGGAAAAAUGACUGUUACAAUCCCACAAUUUUAGUAUAUGUGUAUAUAAUUAUGUAUACAUGUAUUUAUGUAUAUGCAUAACAGUUUAUGUUACACAUACAUAUAAUUCUGCAAACUAUUUAAGCAAUAUUUAAUUAUAUAUGUAAGUCACCAUACAAAUCUUAAAAGGCUGUCAUUAGAUAUUAUUUUGUACAAAACUAAAGUCUGCCUAUAUUUUUACCUUCUACAAUCAGAACUACUAUUUUCCAAUACGGCCUACAGCUGUGGGAGUCAUAAUCUUCUGUAUAAUCUGACCAAAGAGCUUAAAGGGACACUCCGGAUCCAUUAGGAGUAUGUACUUUAUUUUUUUUUUAGAUUACAAAAAGUGUAGACUUAAAUAGAUAUUUGCACUUUUUAUAACUUAACAUGGUUACACCCCCUGGCUGUCAAACAAUUGCUCAUGUUACUUCCUUGUUCAGCUCAUUGGAGCUUUACUCUGCAAGUCAGGUGCUCUAAGCAAUUGCCUGCUUUUUAAGACCUAAUUGAGCUGCAAUGGGAAGCCUGUGAUUGGACAGCCACAGAAAGU